GUUUAAAUAUCGGCCCAGGCCGGACCAUAUACCGCUACUUUGACUGUUUGAAAAAUUAUCUAGCGGAUUAAUUUUUGGUGAAAACAAGGUCUAAAACUAAAGUACUUUGCAAAGGUAAAAUUGAUUUGACACUAAUUAAGAAGGCUUCACCCGGGUGUUGCUCUCCCUAGCUAACAAUUACGACUUGAAGAAUCGAACGAUCAUGUGUGGUUAGGGGGUUAUAAACCGCAGGGAAGUCUAACAAGUAACCAAGGCUACCCUUUUAGUCUCUAGGUUGAGGAAAUGGGAUAUGAUCCAAGCCGCUAAUGCGACCCUCUCAACCUAUCAACUAAGGAAUGGUUAGACUUCACCCUCGAAUUGGAGUUCGGACGACCACCCACAACCAAACCCUAAGUGCUAAUAAGAAUUAGGAGGUUUGCCCUUAAUUAACCUAGAAUAGAAGGCAUUAAAUGCCCAAGGAAACCCAUCUCUAAUAGAGCCUUUUAGGUUAAGGAGGGUUUUCUCUAAUAGUAUGAGAGGCUUUGAAUGCCCAAGGAAACCCAGCUCAAAUUGUGCCUCUUUGGAUAAAGGAGGUUUCCUCUCUAAACUAGCCUAGGAAGCAUGCAAUGCCCAAGAACACCCAUCUCUAAUUGAGCCUCUUAACCUAAGGAGGUCUCCUCUCUAAGUUAGGUCAACAAAGCACACACAAUCAUCAUGAAAAAUACCUCCACAUUCACAUUAAACACAACCACGCACAAAUCAUUAAAUUUUUAGAAGCAUUCACAUAGUUGUAGCUAGGGUUUACAAACACCCAAGCGAAAGAAGGGACUACGCAAUGCUAGGAUAAGGGAAAACACAAGAGAGGGAAAGAAAAACCAUCAAGAAGAUGAAAGCCUUGGUCCUUGUGUUGAAGAGAUCCUCCUUUGGGAGAAGAAUUCCCAAAUCCUUGCUUGGAGAUGAAACCACAGCUUCUCCUCUUCUUUGGUUGGUCAAUUUCUCACUCUAAAAUCUGAAGAAUAAGAAGUUUCUCACACUAGGUAUUUCCCUUUCUUAUUCCUUUAAGCUAGCUAUUUAAACCGAGAUCGAGCCCAGUUCACGACCUGAGUUCACAGCCGUGAACAUCGGAACGCGUUCGUGAACACGAUGUCUGAACCAAAACGCACCGCUUUACAUCCUUGGGUUCACGGUCUGUGGCUUAUGUUCACGGUCUUUGCGACCGUGAACAGCCCCGACGUCAGUAACCUCAAACCCUCUUUGGACCCUCCUUGGUUCAUGGAUUGUGGCUCCAGUUCACGGUCUUGUAAGACUGUGAACUCCCAUGGCAGACCGUGUACUACGACUGUCUCCUCCUCUUUGCCCGGUCUUCGCUCUUUUCCUUCGAACUUUCGAAUCUGGGGUUGGUUUCACCUGUUAGGAUUUGAAACACACUGAAACACAAGAAACCUUGAGUAAAACCACCCCUUUUGGAGUUCAAUUGCAACAAACAUCAAAUCGAAACUAGGAUAAAAAGUGUACAAUUAGGCCCGAAUCAUUCAUAAUAUUGUAUGUUCAUGAUAUCAUUAAUAAAUUAUUUGAUAAAUGAAUCUUUAUGUUGAUUACAAUACUCGUAUAAUUAAAACUAAUAUCAUAAUUGUUAAAAAUAACUCUAUUGUUGUUAAAUAUACAUGCUCGAUCGAUAAAUGGUUCUAUGUUUGGGAUUUUGUACAAUUUUUUUAUGUCUUAGUUUUGUAUCGUAAUCCAAAUCAUAUCAAAAUUUUAUUUUAAUAUGGCCUAAUAAAACCGUUAGAUUAAUUUAAAGGCCAAAAUUAGAUUGAAGUAAAUUGUAACCAACGAUUAGUGCCAUAUAUAUUAUGGAAGCGAAAAUAAUAUUGGAAUCUUCAAGAUUGGGAAUUUUAUUAGAAAAAUGAUAACUUACUUUUUCAUUCAUGUGUAGCUUGGUUUGAUAAUUGGAUUUAUGGAAAACACACCAUCUUUUUGUUGUUUGACAGGUGAAAAUAGAGAUGAUUUGGCGUGAAGACGAAUUCUGAAGCAUCGCCAAACUAUGCAGUCGUUUAUAAGGAAGCAGGGUGAUGAAGGCUUUUGGAAUGGGAAAUUGAUGUCCAGCUACUCAGUGAGCGCAGUUUGGGAUACGAUACGUCCUGUGAAGAGCAAACAACACUAGUAUGUUCUUCUCUAGAGUAAAUUCUAUGUGCCUAUCAUAGCAUGGAUCGUGGCCAUGGAUGCGAUCGUAAUCAAGGCAAAGUUGAUGCAAUGGGGUUAAUUAAAUGAAGAUAUAUGCAUUUUAUGCCAUGCCAAUAGUGAGAACUGAGAUCAUUUGUUUUUCGAAUGUUGUUUCUCGAGGAGUAUUGUUAGCAGAGUUGGUAAUUUUUUUUCAGUAGUGAUCUUCGACUCUCAUAUGUAGGUAUGGUUGCAAAGCGAAACACGGCUCUGGGGAGACUUAUUGGACCUCUAUAGUGCUCCUUGAUUAGCUUUGUUUGGCGGGAAAUGUGUCGAAGGCUCCAUGGAGAGGUCUCAAGAACGACCGAGUUGGUGACAGAGUAACGGCUGCGAGAUUUCCGCUUAUUUGUUUCCUCUUCACACCACUUCUCUUCACACCUCUCCUUCUCCCUUUUCAAUUUUCUGUUGUAGCUCUAUAUUUCUUUAGUAGUUUUGCGAUUAACGUUAACUCGUAAGUUUAUUUAGUAUUACUUUUUAUUGUUAUUUUUGAUUUUUGAUUUUUAUGAUAUUAACUGAACUACGGUUUUAUCGCAGAUGGCAUUCCAAAAGUUCACGCUUGGCUUACGGUGGAAUGGUUACACGGAAGAGACCGAAAAGGGGGUCACCUACGUCGGUGGCUAUUUUCAGAAGAUAAAGGUCGCUACCAGACCGCUGCUUGAAGACCUCCAUCAAAUGUGCACUAACGUUACUUGCAUGGAUGGCACGAGAAGAGUUGAUCGUAUGGUGUACCGAUAUCCAAACAGAGAAAGUGGGUCAUUGUGGCAUGAGGAAUAUCUCAUAACCACUUAGGAUGAGGUAGAUGCCAUGCUCGAAUUCAUGAGGUCCAACAAUCUUUCCAAAGCCGAGAUGUUCGUUUACGUUGAGCUGGUCGUAGGCGUUGGAGGUCAUUCUGGACACGGUCAAACAUCUGGUAUCCAUGGUGGAGGUGAAUUAUAUGGCGAUCAUACCUACCAAAGUUAUCAUGAUCCUCAUUCAUAUUUUCAGUACCAAGAGCAAGGUGAAGGUCAUCAUCAAUCUUUCCCGUCAUAUGAAGAAGAAGUUCAACCGGACCUCCCCAACCAACCUCAGUACAACUUCCACUCAGGAAGCGGUAGUUUUCACAACUACCAUUAUGGAGCUGAUGAAGGUGCCUUUUCAUGAGCUGGAUCAGAUGGAGGAUGCCCUGCCAGCACCAGUCAGUGACCCCUCCGAUGAAGAAGGAGAGAACAACGUCAGUACAGACAGCUCCUACCCUCUUGAAGGUGCUGAUGAUUCAGGACCAGAGUCAGACUCAGCUAAUGAUAAUGAGGUGGCUCGUGACCGUGUACCAGUCCCCUACUACAAUCACAUUCCAGACGACAAUUGGAUGGUCGACAGCGACAUGGAGCCGCCAGAGGUCCCAAUAUGGGGUCCACUCAAUGGGUUUAUGAAGGGCCAACAAUUUGGCUCGAAGAAGGAGGUGCGGCACGCCAUUGAGACAGAAGCAAUGACUCAGCAUUUUGAAUGGUACACAACUCAUUCCAAUACUAAAAGGCUCAUAGUCAGAUGCCGUAAUCAUCACGAGGGGUGCAAUGUUAGGAUUCGGGCCAUCAACAGCAAGAGGCACGACCACUGGAUCAUAUCCCGUGUGGUGAACACACACACAUGUGUGUCAUCCAUAAAUUCACAAGGCCAUCGACAGUUGAAAUCCAGGGUGGUUGCUGUGGCUAUCAAGCAUCUAAUAGAGCAAGAUCCGGACCUGAAGGUGAAAGUCAUAAUCGCUGACAUUGCAAGUCGUUAUGGUUAUAUGAUUAACUAUAAGAAGGCGUGGCAUGGAAAGCAGAAAGCUCUGGCCGCCGUCUUUGGUGAUUGGGAAGAAUCAUAUGCAUUCCUUCCCAGGUUAAUUUUGGCAUUGGAGGCGUCUAACCCUGGCACGGUUUUCUCCCCUCGAUAUCAAGAUGAAGAGAUACAACCCCCAGAGCUAGGUAACAAGCGCCAUUUCAGACGACUUUUUUGGCCAUUCAAGCCAUCUAUUGAUGGUUUUGGCUUCUGUGUCCCUGUCAUCCAAGUGGAUGGUACAUUCCUUACCGGCAAGUACAAGGGAACUCUCGUGAUUGCCAGUGGGGCGGAUGCCAACAAACAAGUCUUUCCUUUAGCCUUCCCCAUCGUUGAGGGAGAGAAUGUUGAUAGCUAUGGAUGGUUUUUCCGGCAAAUUCAGCUCCACGUCAAUAGGAGGACGAACCUGACAAUAAUCUCUGAUCGGCACGCCGACAUUAGAGCUGCCAUCUUAGGUUUAGAUCCAGCCUGGAAGUGGUCCCAAAGGUGGUGCAUACGACACUUCAAGAGCAACUGUAACCAUCAUUUCAAGCGGAAGAAGCUUGCUGAUUGUGGUGGAUUGGUAAGUUUGUAAUUAGCCGUAUAAUUUUGUCAGUGGUGCUCUGGAACACAACACCUAACAAUGGCCAAGUGUAACCAAUGAAAGGGACUGCAGUAUAGUGGCACAAGUAAUAAAUAUCGAAUCCACGGGUCUCUAGAGUUACUAUUACUCAGCUUCAGUUCAUUAUCUAGCAAACUAGAUUAAGGAUUGAUUAACUAAACUACUCUACUAACUAAACUAAGUAAAACUACUAAUUACAGUUUGAGAACUCACUUAGGUAUGAUUCCCCCUAGCUCCUCAAUUAGGUCCAAGUUGUAAUUCCUUUUGGUUGUUUUACUGUUGAUUAAACUGCGGAAGAUCCGACAGUAGCUUGGAAUCUCUUAAGCUGACCAAACCCUCUCAGUCGAACUAUCCGGCAGACGACUAGUCUUCACCGGGAUAGAAAGCUGAAGCAAUAAGCAUAGAACUCCACUACUGGAAUUGGAUUCCAGUACAAAGCAGUAAACUGGCUAACUCUCGUAUAGCCAAUCUCCUACUACCGAAUGAUGAGACUCUAGCAACCUAAUCAGAUUCUAUUUAUCUCAGAUUGCAGCAGGAAUCAGGAAAAGUUGAUCAGACUUCAAUUGACUCAAUAACAUGCAUCAUUCGAUUAUAAUCAAACAAUAAAGCAUCCAAAACUUCAUACAAGAAAGAUCCUAACUCAUGGAACUAGGGUUCCUCAAAACCUAAGUGAAAGGAAGUUACUCCAUAGAGAAGAGAGAGACUGCAGAAAUCUGAUCUAGAUCUUCAAUCUCCAUCUCCAAGCUUGAUUCCCGAGCUUCAACGGCGAAGAAAUCCUCCAAAAUAGCUCCAAGAACGUUCCCAAGUCGCUCUCUCUCUCUAGGGUUCGUCCCUUGGGUGUUUGGGAUCCAAAACCCAGCUCUCUCCCUCUCCUUUUACUGAAAAUCGGGUUUUAAAUAGCAAUUCCCGACUCACACGGCCAGGCCACACGGCCGUGUGGCUUUCCCAGCUGCCCGUGUGAAGGCUCGGUGAUUUCCACACGGCCACAUGGCCAGGUCACACGGCCGUGUGGGUUGUGCCCGUGUGGCUUGCUCAGCCUCUGUUUAAUGCUUCGUUUCUCCCUCGUCCGGACUCCGAAUCAGUCGCUGUUUGAUCCCAGACGCUCGUAGUCUCGUCCUCUUUCUUUUCAUGACAAGCUUGCAUGAUUCUUUGUCCAUAAAGUGAGGUAGAAAUC